AGAGAGCCUCGUCCUACACACUGACGCUGCCAGGCCAGUCUUUAAUUCCAUAUUUCUUCCUAAUGUCCAGCUAGUGUUUCGUUGGCCUCUUACCGUUGAACUAAGUCAGGAGCCUCCCGCCGAUUCCUUGCUGCCCUAUUGACAUUCACCCUUACUUUCACGACUCCCACACGAUCUCCAACCCUCCGCGAUGGCGUCGGCUAUCUUCUUUUUAGAUUUGAAGGGCAAGACCCUUCUAGCCCGAAACUACCGCGGAGACAUUCCCAUGUCCGCAGUUGAGAAAUUUCCUAUCCUCCUCAGUGACGCAGAAGAAGAAAGCUCCGCCGUACCGCCAUGCUUCUCUCAUGAAGGAAUCAAUUAUCUCUAUAUCCGCCACAGCAACCUUUACAUCCUCGCGUUGACAAAGAAGAACACUAAUGCGACCGAAAUCCUUCUCUUCCUCCACAAAAUUGUGGAGGUCUUCACGGAGUACUUCAAAGUCUUGGAGGAAGAGAGUAUUCGCGACAAUUUCGUCAUCAUCUAUGAGUUGCUCGAUGAGAUGAUGGAUUUCGGAUACCCACAAACUACGGAGAGCAAGAUAUUGCAAGAGUACAUCACACAAGAGUCACAUAAGCUUGAAGUUCAGGCACGUCCUCCUAUUGCCGUCACCAAUGCGGUCUCCUGGCGAAGUGAAGGCAUUCGCUACCGGAAGAACGAAGUAUUCCUUGAUGUUGUCGAAUCUCUGAAUCUCCUCGUAUCUGCGUCUGGAAACGUCCUGCGAUCUGAGAUUCUGGGUGCUAUCAAGAUGAAGUGUUACCUAAGUGGUAUGCCAGAACUUCGUUUGGGUCUGAAUGACAAGGUUAUGUUCGAGACGACGGGCCGUGCCACAAGAGGCAAGGCUGUCGAGAUGGAGGACGUCAAAUUCCAUCAAUGUGUUCGACUUUCGAGGUUCGAGAAUGAUCGAACGAUCAGUUUUAUCCCCCCGGAUGGAGAGUUUGAGCUUAUGAGCUAUCGUCUAAACACACAAGUGAAGCCCCUUAUCUGGGUCGAAUGUCUUGUGGAGUCGCACUCAGGCUCUCGGAUGGAGUAUAUGUUGAAGGCCAAAGCACAGUUCAAGCGCCGCAGCACGGCCAAUAAUGUGGAGAUCCUUGUGCCUGUACCAGAGGAUGCAGACUCACCGCGCUUCCGAACGAACAUUGGAACGGUUCACUAUGCGCCAGAAAAGUCCGCUAUUAUCUGGAAAAUCAAGCAGUUCGGUGGUGGAAAGGAGUUCCUGAUGCGCGCUGAGCUGGGUCUCCCAUCCGUCAAGGGAGAUGAUGAGCAUGGAGGUGGUAUGACUGGAGGUUUCGGAGGCAGCAUGGGCGGCACUGGAGGCGGCAAGGCCAAACGGCCCAUUAACGUCAAAUUCGAAAUUCCUUACUUCACUACAAGUGGUAUUCAAGUACGGUACUUGAAGAUUACUGAACCUAAGCUCCAAUACCCCUCCCUACCCUGGGUCCGUUAUAUUACGCAGUCAGGCGACAUUGCGGUCCGUAUGCCAGAUGUACAAUGAUUUAAAGCGUUUAAUAGUGUCAAUAGAUUUUUCUUUACCUUUCAGUUUCUAGCAUUAGACAUCUGUCCCUUGAACUGCAGAUUGAGCCAAGGCGGCCAUAGAUCGGUGGGGGUGGUAGAAUCACCACAGUGCGCUGGGCUUGUCCUGACAUACCUGUAGUGUAUGACCCUGGUCAAAGUUGAGUAUGCUGCAUACAUUCU